GCUGUACCAGCUGGCGCACACGCUGCCUUUCGCGCGCGGCGUCAGCGCGCAUCUGGACAAGGCCUCCAUAAUGCGCCUCACCAUCAGCUACCUGCGCAUGCACCGCCUCUGCGCUGCAGGUGAGCCUGGAACGCCCCGCCCCCCGCCUCUGCCCAAUGCGAAGGCUCCGCCCCCGGGAAGCCUUUCCCCGCCUCCCUGGCCCUAGAAUCCGCUCUCUAAGCGAAGACCCGCCCUUCUAGUGCCGGACCAAUCGGAGUCCUGGGUUCAGAUAGACCCCUUGGGAGGCCCCACCCCUUAGGAUCUAAGGAGGCCCCUUGAGGUCUUAGGCUUGGUCUUUGUGGGAGACUAAAGUUUCUACCCACUUAAUUUUGUGUUUAUUUUCUUUUUGUUUCUUGAUUUUUUGGUUUUGGUUUUUUGUUUCUUUUUCUUGAGAGGGGAUCUCACUGUGUAGCUCUGACUGACCUGGAACUUGCUAUGCAGACCAAGCUAGCCGUGAACUCACAGAGUUCUGCCUUCUCUGCCUACCUACUCCUACCCACCCAUUCACCCCGCCUUCAAGUGCUGGGAUUAAAGGAAUGCACCACCACAUCGCCAAUUUAUGUGUUUGGUUUCUUUUUUGCUAUCCUGGAUAUUACACCCAAAUCCAAGAGGUGUGAUAUCCAAGCCCUCUACCACAAAGUCACGCUCCCCAGAACCCCCCUCACUGGGGGAUUCUAGGCAGGCAUCCUACGGUAGAACCACAUACCCAACCUCUUGACUGUUUUAUUUUGACACAGGGUCUUACUAGGUUGCUCAAACUGGCCUUGAACAAGACAUGAAUUUUUGGUCCUUCUGCCUCAACUUCACAUAGUCACCAUGCUUUGCCAAUCGUGCCCACCCAAGGAGGCUUCACAACCAUAUUUUCAAAAUUCCUUGAAAGCCUCUCUUCAUCCUCUGUCCUCUUCUCUAGUUCUGUUUCUUAUUCUCUUAGCAACCACCUGAGGAAGCACGUGUGCGCUCUCUCGCGCACUCUCUCUCUCUCACACACACACACAUACACAGAGAGAGAGAGAGAGAGAGAGAGAGAGAGAGACGCCUAGAAAUUUGAAAAGGUUUCAUUAUAGAGGAUCUACCCAUUAAAUCCCCUUGCCCCAUAGAAGAGGGGGAGUUUGCCCCUUUUAUAAUUCCGUCAGCUGUCCUCUGACCUCCAUGUGCACAGGAAAUAAAUAAAUAAAAUAAAAUGUAAUGGAAUUCUGUGUUCUGGAAGGCCCUGACAUUUUAGAAUUCCGCCCAUCUGGCAGGCUAUCCAUACCCUCCCCCAAGAACUCUAAAGAACUUGCUCACAGCUCCAGAAUUCCGAGCGACCCCAAGCCACAUUGAAGUUCAACUUCUCAGUUCACUCUUAAAUCUUGGGGGAGUCUAUCCCUCUGGAGUCCGUGUUCCUGUUUCCAAAGCGUAGUGGCCUGGCCCUCUUCUUUGGGAUUUCAGAUCCCUAGAAUUUUCUGCCACUCACCUGAGCAUUUCUAUGAAUUCAUAUGGGCAAGGGAAGAUGGAGGGAAGCUAGCUAGGGUAAAUCCGUGACUGACCACAGCUGCCCCAUCCUCCCCCUCCCCGCCGGCUUGGGCACCAGGGGAGUGGAACCAGGUGGGAACAGGGGGAGAACCACUGGACGCCUGCUACCUGAAGGCCCUCGAGGGGUUCGUCAUGGUGCUCACCGCCGAGGGAGACAUGGUUUACCUGUCGGAAAAUGUCAGCAAGCACCUGGGCCUCAGUCAGUGGACCUCUGUUCCUUCUCCCUGAUGCAUAACCCCAUUCCUGGUACCAAUUUCUCUCUGGAGCUCAUCGGACACAGUAUCUUUGAUUUUAUUCAUCCCUGUGACCAAGAGGAACUCCAGGAUGCCCUGACCCCCAGGCCAAGUCUGUCCAAGAAGAAGCUGGAAGCCCCCACAGAGCGCCACUUUUCCUUGCGCAUGAAAAGCACACUCACCAGCAGGGGGCGCACGCUCAACCUCAAAGCUGCCACUUGGAAGGUGCUGCACUGCUCAGGACAUAUGAGGGCCUACAAGCCCCCUGCGCAGACUUCCCCCACCGGUAGCCCUCGCUCCGAGCCUCCUCUGCAAUGCCUGGUGCUUAUCUGUGAAGCCAUCCCCCACCCAUCCAGUCUGGAGCCCCCUCUGGGCCGAGGGGCCUUUCUCAGCCGCCACAGCCUGGACAUGAAGUUUACAUACUGCGACGAGAGGAUCGCAGAAGUCGCUGGCUACAGCCCUGAUGACCUGAUUGGCUGUUCUGCCUAUGAAUACAUCCAUGCACUGGACUCUGAUGCAGUCAGCAGGAGCAUCCACACUUUGCUGAGCAAAGGCCAGGCAGUAACGGGACAGUAUCGCUUCCUGGCCCGGACUGGAGGCUACCUGUGGACUCAGACUCAGGCUACAGUGGUGUCAGGGGGACGGGGCCCCCAGUCAGAAAGUAUCAUCUGUGUCCACUUCCUGAUCAGCCGGGUAGAAGAGACUGGAGUGGUGCUGUCCCUGGAACAAACAGAGCAACACACUCGCAGACCCCCUCAGCGGGGCGCCUCUUCGCAGAAGGGUAUCCCUGGCAACAGUCUAGACCCACCUGCUCCCCGGAUUCUGGCCUUCCUGCACCCUCCAGCCCUGAGUGAGGCCUCCCUGGCUGCUGACCCUCGCCGUUUCUGUAGCCCAGACCUGCGCCGCCUUAUGGCACCCAUUCUGGAUGGGCAUCCCAUAGCUGCCACCCCCAGCACACCACAGGCUAUGCGUCGACCCCAAAGUCCUCUUCCGGCUGAUCUCCCAGAUCAGUUGCUUGGGGGCUUAGAGAAUGCAUACAGACUCUCCACUGCCCGGAAAAACAAGACUGUGGAGGCAGAUCUAGAUAAAGCUCAGGACCCUGACACUCUGGACUUGGAGAUGCUGGCUCCCUACAUCUCCAUGGAUGAUGACUUCCAGCUCAACUCCAGCGAGCAAUGGCCCAGAACCCACCGCAGACCCCCUAGGGUGGCCCGCAGACCCCGUGCUCGGAGCUUCCAUGGCCUGUCGCCCCCCAUCCCUGAGCCCUCCCUGCUGCCCCGCUGGGGGAGCGAUCCACGACUGAACUGCUCCAGCCCCUCCAGGGGGGAUCCCCCUACAGCCUCCGUGAUGCCUGGGACUCGGAAGAGGGCCCUGGCCCAGAGCUCAGAGGACAAAGGGAUGGAGCAGCUGGAAACAAAGCCCGCCAAGCGGUCCCCCAGCCUGGAACCUGGAAGCUUCCGAUUGCCUCCCCUCAGCCUGAGUUUCCUUCUGCAAGGUCGACAAUUCCCAGGAAACCAACAGGAUCCCAGAACCUCACUCCUGGAUUCCCAUGAGACCUUGGGACUAGCUCCCUCGCUGCUCUCUCUCUACCAGCAUGAGGAAACUACCCAGCCCAGGAACCACGUCCCACCAGCGGCAGGCUUGGCCCAGGCCCACUGAGUCAGCUCUCUUCCCAGAUCCCUUCUUCUACCCCAGAGAGGACUCAACCACACUCCACACCAGCAGCCCACAUGCAGGAUGGGGCCUCUCUCCUCUGAGUGUCCCUCCACACCCCCAGCCAGUCCUACCUCAGCCCCCCUCACCCUCUGCCUUCACCCAUUCAGGGGCUUCUUGGAUUAUUCGCAGCUCAGUGACCUCUGGGAGGGGGCGUGUGACCCCCUCCACCUCCUCUCAGGACUUCUCUUGGGGUUCUCCACAGUUGGUUACCUCACUAUCCCUUUCUCUGACUCUACUUUAUUUGGGAGAAUAAGGGGUUGGAAGAAUCAGGGAUUUGCCUCUGAUCCUGGCCCCGUGGAGUUUGGACAACCAUAAUCGCAUUUUUUGUUCUUUUGUGUUUUCUUUUGUUUUCCAUCACUCUUCUAUUAGCUCUACUUUAUCCUUUAUCCUUCUGGCACUCUGCGAUGUGCCCCCCCACCCCCAUCCUCGGUGGGUGGCAAAGGUGGGGAGACUCAGGGUCAGAACUCACCCCCAGGGACUUGUGGAGUCUCAGCCUCCCAAGCUGCCACCCAAUCUGCCUGCUAUUUCUGCUCCUGACUUCCUACCAGCACCAACCUAGCCUAAACAAUGUCUUCAUUUGUGUUCUUCCUGUUUAGGUAUAUGCAGCAACUUCCUCCACUCAGCAGACCCAUAAUCCCCGACCUUUCCUGAAUCUAGAAUACUUGACUCUUACCUUCACUGUUUGUAGACUGAACAACCUGUUGCCUUCCCAAGUCUUAGGCUAUACCACUUUUCAUCUUCCCUGGUUCUAGACAGCAAGACCCAGGGCCUUCCUUGUAUCUAGACCAUGCAGCCCCUGGUCUUUGUUGGUUCUAGAUUGUAUGCCCUUGGGCCUUCCCUGUUUCUAGAGGCUUGUUGACUCUUUGGUUCUAGAGUUUCUACUUCCCUCUAAAAUGCACAAUCCAUGAUUCCAUAAUCCUCAUCCUUUCCUGUUUCUAGACUGUGAAGCCGAUGGCCUUCCUUGGCUCUAGACUGUGCCACCAUUAGUCUCCUCUGGAUCUAGGCUUAUGGCCUCUGGCCUUCCUUGUUAUAGACACUGUGGCCUCUGGCCUCCAUGGUUCUAAACUGUGUUAUUCCUGCCUUCUUCAGUUCUAGACUAUGCAACCUCUAGCCUUCUCUAUUCCUAGUCUGUACAUUCUCUGGUCUUUUACCUGAUUCUCAGUCUCACACCUUAUGACCCCACUGUGGUUCUACACCAUGCCACUUUUCUGACCUUUUCUCUGGUUCUAGAGUAUAGGCCCUCCAAUCUUCUGUGGUUCUAGAGCUGUGGUUCUCAGCCUUCCUAAUGCUGCAGCCCUUUAUUACAGUUCCUCACAUUGUGGUAACCCCAACCAUGAAAUUAUUUUUGUUGCUACUUCAUAGCUAUAAUUUUGCUACUGUUAUGAAUCAUGUAAAUAUCUGCUAUGCAGAAUAUCUGCUAUGCAACUCCCAAAGGUGUUGAAACCUACAGAUUGAGAACUGCUACUCUAGACAGUAUACAACCUGUGAACAUCUUUAAUUCUAAGCUACGCUGCCUCUGGUCUUCAUUGGUUUCAGACUAUAUGACCACUAGCCUUCUCUGACAUUCCCUAGUUCUAGACUAUGCUGUCAUUGACUUCCCGCUGACUCCAGACUGCAUCACUUCCAACAUGGUCUGCUACAGACCUCAGUUUCUUCAAACUCUUCUAAUAGAUCUCAUAGUCUCCAGCUCUUUCUUGGACUGGUUCUCACAGCCCACAAUUGUGUCUGUUUUCAAACCUCACAGUGCUUUAAAGUGUGGUUUGAAUUACAUCAUCUGUAAGGCUCUCUGGGUCUAGAACCUACAACCACCAGAAUCCUCUCACUAAAAAACUCAUUCUGUAAUAUCCUCCGCUUCUAGACUUCUUCAAAAUCCCUGCAGUUCCUAUGUCUUCUGUUCCCUGUCAUUGCAGACCAUUUGUGUGUUGUAUGUGUGGUAUUGAGUAUUAAAUCUGGAACUUGCACCUGUUAA